GGACAUGGCGGCGACUGGGGGCGGUGUCAUGGCGGAGGCUGGGGACCGGGCCAUGGCGGCGACUGGGGACGGUGUCAUGGCGGAGACUGGGGACCGGGCCAUGGCGGAGACUGGGGACGGUGUCAUGGCGGAGACUGGGGACCGGGCCAUGGCGGAGACUGGGGACCGGGCCACGGCGGCUGGGGACGGUGUGGGACGGCUCCAACUGCGGGCUGCCAUCGGCUUCAACGGGCAUAUUCCCUGUGGCCUCAUGUGCCACCCUGAUACGAAGCAUAUUCUCUAUGCCCUGGGAUGUACCGUGGUUAUUCAAGAGCUGGAUAGUAAGAGACGGAGUUUCUUGCAUGGCCACACCAACAACGUCUCCUGCGUCGUCAUCUCCAGGGACGGGGUGUAUGUUGCCUCUGGACAAGUCACUUCCAUGAGCUCCAAGGCAGCCAUCAUUCUGUGGGAUUUCCAGAGCAAGGAGUUACUUGCCCGGCUGGCACUUCAUAGAGGCAAAAUUGAAGGACUAGCUUUUUCUCCAACCAACCUUUAUCUGGCAUCACUGGGAGGGCAGGAUGAUGGCAGGCUGGUUGUGUGGGACGUUGGCAUGAGAGAGGCUAUCUGUGGGAGCCCAGCCUCACCAUGCAGCACAGGCAGCACCACCAUCCUGCUGAGCUCCAGCUGCAGUGACCAGCUCUUUGUCACUGCUGGAAAUGGGACCGUUCGAGUAUGGGAGCUGGAUGUGACCAAUAGGAAAAUCCACCAAGCUGAGUGCCAGACAGGGAAACUGAGAAGAGUGGCCAUGUGUGCUAAGAUAACAGAUGAUGACACUUAUUUUUAUGUUGGCACAUCAAGUGGUGAUAUCCUGAAGGUGAACACAAACAGCAAGAUGAUGACUGACUUUGGUCCCCAGAAGAAGAAGUUUAUCUUAGGAGUCACAGCUUUGCUUUUGCUGAAGUCAGGAGAGGUGAUAGUUGGCACUGGAGAAGGGAUCGUAGCUCUCUGUAAAAGCUCCAGCUACAAAGUAAUGAAGAAAAUGCAAGUUGAAGGUGCUGUCACUUCCUUGACAUGUAGAGGUCAGGGCCACCAGUUCUUUGUAGGGACAAACAAGUGCCAGAUUUAUCAAGUUGACUUUGCUGAGUUCACAGAGGAGCUGCUCAGCACCAGCCACAGCGAAGCUGUCCACGACAUCGUUUUCCCUUCGGGAACUUCUGACUUGUUUGUCACCUGCAGCAAAAAUGACAUUCGAGUGUGGCACACCCCAGAAAACAGGGAGCUCCUAAAAAUCGUUGUCCCCAAUGUGACCUGCCAUGCCAUAGAGGUGACGAGGGAUGGCAGCAGCAUUAUUUCAGCGUGGAGUGACGGGAGGAUUCGUGCCUUCCUGCCCGAGGACGGGAAGCCCAUGUUCGUGGUGGAGAACGCACACAGCAGGGGGGUGACGGCCAUCGCUGCCACCGCCGACGGCCGCCGCCUCCUCAGCGGAGGGGAAGAGGGGCAGAUGAGAGUCUGGGAGAUCAAUGAGAAGACUCAGAAGCUGAGGGAAGUUCUGAAGGUGCACAGAGCUACUGUGUCCUGCAUUAAGAUCAAGAAGGAUGACCAGGAGUGUGUCACAGCCAGCCUUGAUGGAAGCUGCAUCGUCUGGGAUAUUGUGCGUUAUGUAAGUAAACAAAUGUUUCGGGGCAAUGCCAUCUUCAAAUGUGUGUGUUACCAUCCAGAAGAGUUCCAGAUAAUCACCAGUGGGACAGACAGAAAAGCUGCAAAGAUUGGCUACUGGGAAGUGUUUGAUGGCUCUGUCAUCAGAGAAGUGGAAGGGUCCACAUCAGGUUCCAUCAACGGGAUGGACAUCACAUCAGAUGGGACACACUUUGCCACAGGUGGUGAUGACCAACUGGUGAAGCUCUGGAACUACACCGAGGGGAUGGUGACUCACAUUGGGCAGGGCCACGGUGGCAGCAUCACCCGCCUCAAGAUCUGCCCUGGCAACAAAUUCAUUGUCAGCGUGAGUGAAGAUGGUGCCAUCCUGAUCUGGGGAUACCCAGCCCUGCACUAACAGCUGCUGCUUCACUCCCCAGCCCUUCCUGACCUUUUCCUUUAUAGCUGAGGUUGUUUCCAAACUCUUGUACUGUCAGAGGAGUUGCUCUUUUUGUGUUCUCAGGUAUAUAUUUAUUAAUAACUUAU